AAAAGAUUACGAGUAAGUACAACUACAACAUGUAUUCUAUUUUCCACUUAUUCUAUUACAUACGGAGAGAUGUUGAGGCCACGUUUCGGACUCUGUGCGGAUCACGCCAAGCUAGUUUAUACAAGUAUUAGUGUAGGAGUUCCCGCUUGUCGUCCUUGCUUUCGUUUUUGUCAGAGAAGGAGAACCGGCGAAGGCGAUGGCGAACCGAUGCGAUUCGAGAAGGCGUGGAUCAUAUUAAAGGUCCCGCACCCAAAAGGGAAGUGUAUUGCGUGAGUCAAAAUCCGUUUGGGAACUACAAGGGAAUUCUGACAUCGGGGGUAGUUUCAUCUUCACAUCAUGUCACCCGGAGGAGGGGCGCGCCUUGCGACCUAUGCGCGGAUCUGCCCUGUUUUCGAUCCGGAAGACGCCACCUGCCAGAUCGAGGUCCAGAGCACCGCUGAGAACGAGCACUGGCUCAGCCUCGAAAUCCCGCAUCAACAAGGUACAGCUACGGGUCCGUUUAAUAUUGCCACAUAUCAAUCAUAAAAAUCAUGUUCAUGUCCUCUAUAGAUGAGGAUCAUGAUCAUCAAGAAGAAGCCAUAAACUUAUCCGUUCACAAUUAGCAUCAACCCCUUGGCUUUGUGGAAAGGAAAAAUCAAGACAAGACGAGGUUCAAGAAAAUAAACGAACUACACAAGUAAAAAGCAAUGCUAGGGCCUCACGCUCGUUGUGAACAAUAAAGUGUUUUUCAUGUUGGUCUUCCUCUUAAUCAAGAGGCUUCUUGAGGGUGGUCGCAAGUGAGAUGAGUUGCGUGCCCGCCAUGGCGGGUAAAAUAAAUUUUUACCACAGCUGUUAUCUACAUCAGGUUACAAUGGCAAUUCUACAACGGGUUCUUCAUCCCAUAAUUCGGCGUAUAAUCACGAUGCGGAGCAGCUGCACUCUACUGGGCAUCAGCUUCAGCCGCAGCAGCCGGUGCUACCCUGCAGCAGCUACCGGGGGCUGUUCAACGGGCAAGUGUUCACGCCCCACUCGGAACAAGAGGAAAUUUUCGCCGAGUUUGAGCCGUUCGUGGACAACUUGGUGCGGGGCAUUACGGGUUGCGUUUUUGCGUACGGCCAAACCGGCACGGGGAAGACAUAUACGAUCUACGGUGGCAGUAAGUACCGGGAGCGCGGUCUCAUCCCGCGGUUCCUCUGUGGGGUGUUCCAGAAGCUGCGGGAAAAGGACGCGGAUAUCGUAUUUAAAAACGUCCCCACACCAUAGUUGUAAUGCAAAUCUGCAUGCUGAGAAUGUUUCUCAUGCGGAGCCCCAUGAGAAGCAUUUUCUAGGCGUAUUUUGGAAUUUGUCAUGCUCCAAUGAGCAUCAUAUACUAGAUCUGUGAUGCUGCGCAACUACCUGAAACAGCACUACAAUACCAGUCCAAAUUUGUCAUGCAAAAAAACCAAAGCUUGUGGAUUUGUCUAGCCGACUUUCCAUCUUCACUAUGGGGUGGGGACGUUUUUACAUAGGAUAGCGGAGUUGCGGCGCAGCGGCCUCGGCGAAAGUUGUAGUACGGGAACCGAGGAGGACCAUGAGGGCAGCUACUACCGGUAUCAGGUCUCUGUGAAAUGCCUCGAAGUGUACAACGACCAAGGCUACGAUCUCCUGUUGCAGCCGCAGGCGAACUCCGGGACCGCGCCGUCGCUGAAAGUGGACUUGUUCCUAUCCUGUGUAAAAACGGGGCCCACACCCCAGAGUUGUAAUGCAAAUCUGCAUGCUCAAAAUGUAGCUCAUGCGGAGCUCUAUGAGAAGCAUUUUCUACUCGUGUUCUGGGAUUUGUGAUGCUCGAAUUGUUAUGAUACGCUAGAUCUGUGACGCUGUGCCGAACUAGCUAAACAGGGUCACAAUACGAGGCCAAUCUUGUCAUGCGCAACAGCCAAAGCUUCGGCUGGUUGAUUUGUGUAGCAGAUUCCCCAUCUUGACUCGGGGGUGGGGACAUUUUUGGUCAGGAUAGUUCCAGACCCAGCCGAAUCUGGCGGAGCACGUUUGCCAAUCGGAACGAGAGGCGUUGGAUUGCGUCUUUCUCGCGGCGCUCAAUCGGUCCGACGCGCGCACCUUAUCCAGCGCGAAGGAUGUUUACUACAAAUCGGCUUUUUAGCCACAAGGAGUAGAAAUCUAUCUUCGUUGUACCAAGAAACGCAGUGCAGAUAGUACACUUCUUACAAGGAUGAAUUGCACAAGCAUUAUACAUGAAGCAUUGUCAACAUAGUCAUGAAGCGGAAAUAGGACGCCUCGUCGUUCUUCUGGCGACAGAAAAAAAUGGUGCAUCGAUUUGCGUCACUGAUAGUAUGUUAAGGUAAGAUGGCAAAGAAAUGCAAAAGCCGAGACUUUUUUGUCCAUGCAUACACGAAGACCAACAGCAAUAGCAGCCGCUCGCACGCGAUUUUCACCAUAUUUGUAGAACAGUGGGAGGGGGAUACGCAUUUAGCGGCGCGCUUACACCUGGUGGACCUUGCCGGUAGUGAGCGGGUAAGAGUUCUCUCCAACUCAUUUUUUAGUUUGAUAUAUCCGCACUGUGCUCCUGGUGUCGUUGUUUGUGCUUCAUACUUUCAAUCGGUAAGGAUACGGAAUGCAGCAGUACAGGCGCAGAGAACGACAACACAAAAUAUGAUAAAACACUAAUGAUAGAUGAAUGAUGAUGAUGAUGAUAAUGAUAAUGAUGACAUACAAUCGUGUUCAUGACUUUGCUCCCAGGUGUACAAAACUUGUUCGCUCGGGCAGCAGCAGGCCUCGUCUGCACCAGGCGGUCUUCUUCCAGGCGAGCCGCAAGGCAAAAACAAGCAGGCUGUGAACCACGUCGGCAGAUUGACCGAGGCGAAAUCGAUCAACAAGAGUCUGCACUUUUUGGAGCAGGUGGUGAUUGCGAUGCAGAACGAGAGCGGGUUCGUUCCCUUCCGCAACUCCUUGAUGACGUUUCUGCUGAAGGAGGCACUGGUCGGCAACUGCAAGACGGCCCUGGUCGCCACCAUGUCCGCGUUGCUCCAAAACGCGCAGGAGAGUCUGUCUACCCUGCGGUUCGCCCAGCGCUGCAGCUCGGUGGUGCUGCAGACGGAGGUGCGGCCGAACCUGGCCGUGGACUACCGGUUGCGCGCGCUGAAGCUGGAGGACGAAAACCGGCGGUUAGCGGAACGGGUGAGGAUGCUGGAAUUGAUGUCCGUGCAAGAAAGAGCUGAUCAGGCCGGAAGCGAGAACAAAAAUCGGACCCUUGCAGCGGCGUCGACUGUUCGUAAUUAUAUGCCAGGACGAGCUGCCUCUGUGGAGCAAGUUCAGCAGCAAUGGAACCUCGACGACCAAGGUAAAAAUCAGAACCAAACGGAAGAACUAGAAACCAACAACGGCCGAAAACAAGAUGCUCACAACUACAGCGGAGAAGAUGAAAAAUCGUCCCAAGUACUACUAAAGCAGGCGGAUGUCUUCGCGUCACCAGCUGCUUUUUCUUCAGCAGGUGCUGGUAGUACAACAAGUAGUACCUCUGCAAGACCCGCCGCCGCGGCACCGGCUUUACCACAGUUGGGAAGCAGGAGCUCCACCCACAACAACCCUGGGGCGAUUAUACAGCUCCAACCGUUGCAGGAGCACGCUGCUUAUCAAGUGUAAAAAUGUCUGGGUCUGGAAGAAUGCAACUUGUCAUGCUAAAUCUGCAGCCUGCAAAAAUCUGUGUUGCAUGAUUACCAAAAGUCGCCCAAUUUUGACCAAGUCAGGAGGUAGAUUCUCAUGCAGGAUAGGCAUUAGAAACGUCGCGCAGAAUCUGUCAUGCUAGCUCCGGCAUUCCAGACCUCAUGGGUCAUGGAAAAGCAGCAUGACAAAUCGCGCAUUCUUCCAGACCCAGACAUUUUUACACUUGAUACUGCUGCGGGAGCCGCCUCAACAUCUAGUCGUCCGCUCACCCCUUCGAGUAGUCGCCCCCUCACGCCAAGCGCACGGGUAUCAAAAGUAAAAAUGUCUGGGUCUGGGAACUUGUGAUGCUGGGUGGCGUCUCAUGAUGAAGCUGCAAAUGCUGGCUCAGCAUGACAAGUUUCUGAGCUCCUAGGUGUUGCCUAUUCUGCAUGACAAACUGCGCUUCUGCAUCACAGAAAAACGGAGCUCUUGGGUAACGUGCAUGGCAGAUUUAAGAUUCAUGCCAGACAAGCAUGACAAACUUGCAUUCUUCCAGACCCAGACACUUUUACAUUUGAUAACGACAACUAGGAAACAACUGGAUGUCGCCGCUGCCGCUGUCUCUCCGCCACCUCGGGUUUUCCGAGACUGGACAACCUACGGACGUCCUGCUAGACGAGCAAUUUCCCACAGUCACCAGCCUGAUUGCAAAGAUGAUGACUGUGAUGACUUCUGUAGCUGGAACAAACGCUGCUGACAACUCGUCUUCUGCAGGACGAUCUGUCGAAAGAACGAAGAGCGUGGGCGUCACUGCAACUGUAGUCACUACAGAGCAAGCAGCGGACCUACGAGAUCGGCAGCCAAGAAAAAGUUCUCCAAUUCGUGCGAACAUGAACAAAACGAAAGAACAUGAGUACAACUUCUCACCGAACAGGAGGAAGGAACCGACAUCAGAUUUGGAUGACGGGGACACGACCCCGCACCAGUACCGCCGCGAUCGCACAUCGAGCGCGGACUGCACGCGGAGCCGCAGCGGUUCGCGAUCCACGCGCCGGUACGUUCGCGUCUCCCCUGGACGGGCUGCAGCCGCGUGGAUUGAAAACGUCGUUCUGGGCGCAACUACAAGUCGAACCGGUUGUACAACAAGUGAACCAGCGCCGGCACUAGAAGCGGACCCCAGUCGCAGCGGCGCAGUACUUCUACAGAGUAGAGACGACCACCUCCGCGACGACUUCAAAAUAUUAAAGGAGCAGAAAACCACCUCCAACAGCCAAACCGACGAACCCGAGGUGCUCAUAUCAUCCCGAGCGGUGCGCCGCUCCGUCCGUAGCUUGAACUCCCCAGUGAGAGAACAGGAGGACAGCAGGGACGUGACGGGUCCUCGCGACGAGGACCUGGACCUCCGAGAUGUGAAUAAAGAUAAUGACGCAGGAGCUCCUGCGCCAGCGCUGCUGCUCUCCAGCUCAGCGAAGAAGAAGUCAACCACAACGGGCGCCAAGCACCAGCAAGGUAUCGACUUGAUCCGAAUCGACCUGACAAAUAACAACGACGAGCGGGGGAACGAGAGCCGUCCAACAACGCGCGGCACUAAAAGUCGCGGGGCAUCUAGUUGUAAUAGCGGGUCCUCGACGACGAGGACGAGAACACUGAGCCAGAAGCCUACAGGACCAACAGCUAGCACCAGUCCGGAGAAGUUGCCGGUCGAGGCCAGCGAGACAAAAUUCAGCCUACAAGAGGAGCGCCAGCUUUUGGACAGACUACAAAAACAAUACUACAGCAGAGUGCAACAGUCGGCAGCAGCAUAGCUUCUAGGCGGAAAAGGGAGUUGUACUCCUGUUCACGAGUUGUUUCGCGCAUCAAUCGAGAAUUGUCAUAACUCAAAAAAAGUUGCAUUGCCCGGGGUCCUCGUCACCGGGAGGACUCUCGCGGAUAGAAUUCAUCAGGACUGCUCUCGCGGCUAGAAUUGAUAGAUACAACAUCUAGAGAGGAAAGAAAAUCAUCGGUGAAAAUGGCGUUCGUUUGAAGACACACGAUCUGUACGAUGACUUUUUCAUGAAGUUCACGCUUUUUUUUCGUUGCUUGACGGAGAUUCAUGAUACCAAUUCCAGUUGAGGAGAGGACGCCGGCCACUUACAAUAGUCAAUUGCCCCAAGAGCUGCAAUUAAAGAGCAGCAACUAGUACAUUGAGAUUGAUCUGCCAACGACCUUGAUGCACUUCUCUCUAGGAGCGAAAUUGUGCCUGUAAAAUACGAAUGUAAAAAUUGCGGAGUUCAU